UGAUCUUAUCCGCGACGGUGAUUUUAAUCUCAAGUAGUUUUUUGUACUGCUGACGCUUUUCACUGUAAGAGUGAAGUUUCCAAUUUAGUUGUAUGUAGAAAAGUUUAGAAUUUUCCAGGAAUGCAUGGUUCUGAAAUGUCUUGCGACCAGAAUCAAGGGGCAGUAUGCGCGGUAUCCCAACCUAGCUCCCCUCGCUGCCACGUUUUGUCUUUUCGGUGCCUCCGACGUACUGGCGCAGGCAGCAGAAAGGCAGCACCAGCGAAACAAGGAGGAGCAGGGGAAAUGUGGAGUUGUCGCACAGACUGUCACAACCAGGAUAGUACAGGAGCGGGCAUGCCACGGGACAGGAGACGAGCAGCCCUUAUCCGCAUCACUGGAUCAGCGGAUAGAAAAUGGCGAGUCCGGAACAAAAGUAGUGUCGUCUCCACCAGAUCGCAGCGACGCCUUAUUACAUCAGCUGCUGCAAAAAAGAGGUGCUUAUGACGUGCGGCGGACACUCGGGGUUGCGCUUUGUGCUCCGUUCUUUAAUGGCGGGCCACUUUUAUGGUUCCAUCGGGGGCUAGACCUGUACAUCGGACCGGAGCCCACAAUUCGACGAGCCGUGCCAAAAAUGCUGGCCGUGCAAUUUCUGUAUAUGCCGAUUAGCACUCCCGCUUUCAUCUUCCUGUCUAAAUUUUUCGUGUUGUUACUGUGCGGACAGGAAGCGGAACUAGGCGGCGUCGAUCUUGGUAAGGACGACGCAACAGAAAGUCGCAAAGAUACAUUGAGUGACGGCCGUCGUCCCGAGGCUUCAGUAGUUCAUGGAGUAAGCGACGAUGCGAAACGAAGUACAACAACCCGAAUAGACGAGGCACGUGAGAAGUCUAGCAAAAGUCUACUGGACAGAAACUGCGACGACCCGGCUUCACAGCAGGGAAGAGGAACUACAACUACAUGCCUCCAAACACGAGUACAGCAUGCUUUCAAUGAGGCCAACGAGCGCAUGCAAAGCACUUUUUGGGAAAGUUACGUGGCCUCGUUCUUUUUCUGGCCUCUAUCGGACUUGUUGAACUUUACUGUCAUUCAGAGUCGCUUUGGGCCGCACUUUAGAACCACUUGGGACGCUGUCAUUGACCUAGGAUGGAACUUCUACCUUUCCACAGUUACCUUUCGGACAGACGAAAGCUUCAUGAAAUGGCAGACAUAUCUCCCAGCUUCGUUUGGACACGACACGUGACUCAGGGAAAACGACUACUUACUCCAAGUCGCGCCCAUAAUAUAGUCGAAAGGAGGUAGCAGUGCUUGAUUGUCCUCUGUCUCUCGGGGCAAUUGUGGUCAUGUGCAAACACAAAGUGUUGUGACUGAUCACUUCAUAUUGAUGUGUACAAAUGUAUUGUUCAUUUCGACAAUGACGGUUUAUGCGAUCUUUUUUG